GCGCGAUUCCGCACUCUCUCCCGCCGUAGUUUAUCUUCUAGUAGUCUGGCCCGCUUAGCUGGCUGAGCAGGUGUAGCAUCCUGUUCCGAAGCCGCAGCAGCAUCACUCGAGUCUUCUGCACCCUCCUCUUCUGCAGAGGAAGCUUCUUCCUCGGCCUUCCGCUUCCGAAUAGCCAUACCCCGUUUCUUCGAAGGUGACGACGGUGACGAUGAGGGCUCAGCUUUUUGCUCCUCCUCUUCCUCCCCAUUCUUAUUGUUCUCAAGGUUCGCAGCGUCAGCCACCAUCUUCUUCGCCUCAGCGAGCAUCCGUUCCGAAUCUUCCGCCGGAUUUACCUCUGGGAGGAUACGGGGCGCAAGAUCCACACGUCGAGUUUCCACGCGGUCUUCUUUACCUCCGACUGCAUAUUCAACUGUAGCUUCCAUCGCUUUGACGGAUUUGUUAACAAUAUGAUGGGCACGAUCUUUGGAUUUCUUGACUGGUAUCUCGUAUUUUGACUCUUGGUCUUCUUCCUCCUCCCCGUGGACUCUGGAAGUGGGUUCUUCAGCGCCGUUUGUCUGCUGUAAUUUAUCCUCGGAGGCUGACGAUGUCGUUGACACCGUCGACGCGGCGGCAUCCAAGGUGCUUUGGAGGGAGGCAUUGGCAGCGGUUGAGCUUGCGGCGCUGGCAGCCUCCUUUUGCGCACGGGUUUGUCGAAGUUUGCGACCAGCAGUACUCUUCUUUGGCGAAGCCAUUUUCGAGGGAGACACGGAUCUGCGGGUUCUGCGGGCGAUGGGCUGGGGUGGCGCAAAUGCAGAGGAAUCAAUUGGUGGCAGCUCGAAUUUUGGUGGAGGGGAGAUGUGUUUCUCCGGGCUCGUUCCGUUCUGUACGAUUUCCGUUGGAUCCAGAAGAGCUCGAACCCAGUCAAACAUGCCGUAGUCCUUUGCGAUUUCGAGUGCUAGAUUGCAGGGAUAUGGUCAGCUGACACUAGAACCUUGGAAAACUUGUUGAACGGAGGGGGUUGGAAUGUCUCCAUGGUGCAUACCUAGAUCAGGAGAGAUCCACACAUUCCCAGCGACCUCAUCUUCACUGGUCUCUGUUCUACUCUUCAAGUACUCCCGUUCAGUUUUCUCAUCAGAGUGCUUCGCCCAGGGGAAUGCAAUUUUGAACAUGCCCGUGGCGCUAACAUAACCAUCCUUGCUUCGUCGCUAUCACCAAAAAGAAGAAAAAUCGCCAAAGAGUUAGUGGUCUGUUUUUCCAUUAUUUGCGAAUUGCGCGCGCGCAUGCAAGAGAAAAUCCGGGGGGAUCGACAUGAAUAAAUACGAGGAUUAAGAAAGCAAGAAUGGCCAGGCUCACCAUCAGAAAAUAAGCCUCUGGAUUUUGCUGUGGCGCUUGGGAAGAGAAGAUUUCCGAGCCCUUUAGAUCCUUGGGCAACGGCGCUCUCAAGUGUGCAUACUCGAACAUUCCCAGGUUCUCGGGCUUGGUCGCGCUAGAUGUACCUAUCUGGCCGGGUUUGACUGAUAGAUUUGUCUUACCCAGUCGACGGCGCGAUAGAAGAUCUUCAUCUAAUAUCGCGAAAACAAAGCAAGAGAGCGCAAAAGGCACAUUAGCGAAGAGCGUUGGAGUGGUAGGGAUCAGGGGCUGGGUGGGGGAAGCGGAUGGGAUAAUUAAGGUCGCGUUUGCGCCAAUGGAACAAGGAAGUAGGUUUCGACAAGACAAGGUGCAAAUUGAAUGAGGAUUUGGGAGGGCAUUGGGCAUGGUUACAGAUAAAUGUCGAGGACUUACAUGGUGGUGAAACUUCUGGCAGGAUGAGAGGGUUGAUUCUCUUUGGAAGGGAGCGCAUGGUGACUGGCGGCCGGGCAGUGUGGAGGAGAGAAGAAGAUUAUAGAUUAAUAGAAUGUUGCUUUUAAGUCAAGAGGCGCGAGAAGAGAUGGGAUGCAAGACAAGGGGCGAUGGUUGUUGAGAUAGAGACGAGAGAGGAGUUGGCGUGGCGGUGUUGGCGGAGUUGGGUCGGUGAUGCGCCAGGCCGAGAGACGACGGGUGCCACGUUGCAGCGCGUUCUGUCUCUCUGUCUGUCUGUCUCUCGCUUUCCUCGAUUAAUCAGGUCAAGAUCAGACCAACACAACCCAACGAGGCGACGGGGGGGGGGGUUGGGCGCGGUUGUCUGGCUGCUGGCGACGAUAAUCACAACGCAAUUGACAGCGGGAAUACGGAGUACGCGGGAUUGAAUGGAAUAACGGCCUUGGUCAGGAACCCAAGAAAAAAAAAAAAAAAAGAAAAAAAAGAAAACGAACAAGAAAAAGGGAUGGCUGGGGGGGUUUAGACUAAGAAGAGGUUGCAGCACCGGGAGCAGUUGGGGAGAGGACCCCGUGACCUGACCUGGAGCUUGCUUAUGUAACUUAACUAGCUAGCGCCUCCAAACCUGGAGAGACAUCAUCGAUCGUUGUCUGUUGUACAGACCAUGCUAUAUUCUCUCCCGCUGAUGAGUGCGGUGGUGCUUUAAUUUUUCUAGUGAUUCUAAAUAUCCCAUGGAAUUCUUCAGUUCCUUUGGAGCAAUAUAAUAAUAAAUUGGUCGGGAUUGUAACUCUAAAAAGCCAAAUCCGUUCCUGUCCCCUUGAACUCCUCCUCCACUUAAGCAGGCUAACCCUAACCCAGGACGCUGGCUUCGGCCCAGCCCGUCCAGUCCUGGGCGAAAAUACAGCUUGCAACGCCAGGGGGGGGGAAAUAUACCGAUUCGGAACAACACUCAUUUUAUAGAAUGAGAAAGGUAAGGACCAAAGCAUUUGUACUGGUUUCGGAAGAUGUUACUGCCCUAAAUAAACAGCACAACCUUCACAAGCUUCGGAAUAUCAGUAUCCUUCAGGUAACCGACCCUUCAUCGCAAAUAUAGAAAGAAUACUUUAUUUCCAGAACCCUAAAACGCAUUGAGAAUCAACAUUAAAUCUAGCUGCCUCGUUGUCAAGGAGAGAAGCCAGGCGGGGAAAACAGCCAGAUCCUCUUAUACUCAUACAAUAUCUCCCCUCCCUCCCCUCCCCCCCUCCCCCCCAACAGCAGUGCAGAAAAAGAGCCAAGUCGAUUUCCCCGGACCCGUUAUCUAGCAAUCAAAAAUUCCAAACGGGCCCGGUUGAUCGCUUCUCCCUCUUUGCUCCACGUCACCAUUUGAUGUGCAUGAAUGCAUCCAUGCAUGCGGGCGGGCAGGCGGCUAUCCCUGACGCUAUGAUCUCAGCUCCAUAUUACUCUGUACUUACGAUUAUGGAACAUCACGGCGGGGGCGGGGGGAAGGGAGGGCUGGCGGGGACGAGGGACUCGGAGGGAGCACGGAGAUCAUGUGUGCAGAAUGAUUUGCGGGGUUUUUUUUUUUUUUUUCCUUGUCAAGUCAGAACUCCGUGGCAGUGGUAUGUAUGUACAUGUACAUGUAAUUUGGAACAUGUUAUGAAUCCGAUGAACGAACUAUUUAGCUAUUUGGCUAUUUGGCUGGGUGGCAGGAUGGCAGACAGGCCAUAAGAGGCUGGUCUGGACCAUGCAGCAUCUGUUUCAGAAAUGGAUGUCUAUCAAGUAGUUACACCAAAAAUAAUGUUAUUUCUAGGGUGAGGAACCCCGCCCGAUUGAGCAGCAUAAAAAUACUUCAUCUACUAUGAGGGGAUGUGAGCGGACCAGAAUCUUCAAUGAGAGCUACUUACUUACUAUCUGUGGGUGACAGCUGAAAAGAUCAGUUCAGUUCGCUCCCAGCGUAACUAGUUAGUUAACUUACCCCCACCAAAACAAACGUCCAACUGUUAGCCUCAUCCAUCCGCCGCCAGCUCUGUCUCGUCUCUCUCCUCUCUCUUCUUCUCUUCUCUUUCUCCAUUUCCUCUUCCUCUUCUCUCUUCCUCUCUUUCUUUCCCUGUCUCUUCUCUUCUCCAGUUCUCCUCAUACUUCUGGCUCAAGAUACCAAUAUCUCAAAGUUCCUCCACACCAGAGACGCAAUCCAUACGCACAGACACUCAUCAACCCCGCUCACCAAAACUCCCCCCCGCACCUCGAAAAUAAACACAAGCAGUCGAACGAAAAUGUCCAACGAACACGAUGAGGAUUUGGCAGCAAGCAAAACUGCCGGCUUCAAGGUUGGUGAGAAGAAGACUCUCGAGGAGUACCAGCAGCUAGACGCAAACGACGAAUCCCUCAACCGCUGGAAAGCGUCUCUAGGCCUGGGUACAGGUACCUCGAUAUCCGACCCCAACGACCCCCGCAAAUGCAUCAUCAAAUCCCUCGCGCUCGAAGUCGAGGGCCGCGACGACAUCACCAUCGAUCUCUCCGCCGAGGGCUCCGUUGAUAAGCUCAAGGACAAACCCUUCACCAUAAAAGAAGGUUGCCGCUUCCGGAUGAAAGCCACGUUCGUCGUGCAGCAUGAGGUGCUUAGCGGGUUGAAGUAUAUUCAGGUUGUGAAGCGGAGGGGGGUACGGAUUAGUAAGGAUGAGGAGAUGCUGGGGAGCUACCCACCAAACACCACCGAUAAACCGCUGUAUGAAAAGAAAUUCCAUCCCGAAGAGGCUCCGAGCAACUUUGUUGCUCGAGGACAUUAUACCGCACUCUCGAGAUUCGUAGACGACGAUGACACCACCCAUCUCAAGUUCGAGUGGUCUUUCAACAUCGCCAAGGAUUGGUAGAUAGAUUGACAAGAAUCCCCCCGAACAAAACAAAAUUCGAAUCUGCAUUUUUUUUCUCCGUUCCCAAUUUGCUCUUCCUUGUGUUGUUCCUUUUUCCUUCUUCUCUUUUUGCUCUAAUGCUCAGAACGAAUUUCCUUUUUAUACUAUUUUGGUUUUGGUUUUUUUCUUUUUUUGUUCCCCGUUUCUGCUCUGGUGGUUCCCAGGGCAGGACGUAAGUUAAUAUAAACAUAAAUCCGUGCCCGUUCUGCAUGAAUGCCAUAUUAGAGGUGGUGAUAACUUUCUCCUCUCUUGCUUUCCUGCCUGUGACUCCCUCUUUUCGCAGCCCAUCCAUCUCUUUCUAUAUCAGUUACAAAACCAAAACGCCCAACUUAUGCUUAAAAAAUAGCUCGGAAGAUUUAUUUUAUAAGAGAAGUGGAGGGAUAAGAAGAACGAAAGGGGAAAAAAAAAUCAAUGAAAUAAAACAUGACGAAAAAAAAAAGGAAAAUACACCCAAAGGGUAUCAUAGAAAAUAUUCAAUUACAGGAUUAUGUCCAUCCUUACCCUGCUGCUGCGCCUGCUGCUCCCCACGUACAUCGUUAUUCUCAGGCGCUGCAUCGAAGAUAUUAAAAUACCGCUCCCCA